AAGCAUCUUACAUGUACACACAAACAUAUUCAAAGUGAUGGAGUUGCUUUAGUAAAAACAGCCAGAAGUCUGACCCUGUAAAUAAGGGUUUGUCAAAAUCUCACUCAUUAGUUUUCAAAGUCUGUUCCCAAAGUGUUUACAGAACCCUCAUUAACUACAAGCUUCCUCAAGAUAACAAAGCUCAAACCACGACUUUGGUGUCAAAGAUAAGAAUAGCUAUGCUACUAUUUUUGUUUCCAGAGACUGUGCGUGGGACAUGGGAGUGAACCUGAGGUUCACUUGAGGAACCCCGAUUUCAAAGGAUCUUCCACAAACGAAAGUCAGAUGUAAAACUUGCUGCAGUCAGUCACCUAUCCUCUUUAGAAACCAAACGAAGAUGCAGGGUUUACGAUAUUUGCUCCUUCUGAUGUCCAUCAAUUUUGCUACUACCGUUGGGCUUUGCGAGGGGAAAUCUUUGGGUGAAAUCACCAGUUUGGAAGAUGCAAUGUUCAUUCAGGCACAAGAGCAAAACCUUGAGGAGGAAGAUGACUUCAACUCCAAGUUGGAGAGCUUUUUGGGCUUCAUGAAGGAGGAUUUUUUGAGGAAGCUGAAUUUAUCAGGCGUGCCGCAAGAACACAGAAAGGUUCAACCUCCUCAGUUCAUGAUCGAACUCUAUAAUAAAUAUGCAUCUGAUAAGACUUCCAUCCCUCGGUCGGAUGUCAUCCGAAGCUUCGUCAUACAGGAUGUUUUUUAUUCCGCCAGACAUGGGAACAAAACACAACACAGGCUCCUAUUCAAUGUUUCCAUCCCAAAUCAUGAAGAGAUCACAUCAGUCCAGCUAAGGCUGUUCACUCUCCGGGAAAGAAGUGAAACCACUUGUACUGACCUCUUCGCAUCCAUUAAUGUUUAUGGCAUAGAAUACAAGCAGAAUACAAACAUUUUACACCUUCUGGAUGGGCGAGACGUAACUGAGGCCAGAAACACAUGGGAGGCUUUUGACGUGACCGGGGCUGUCAGGAUUUGGCACGAUUCUGGAAGUGGCGCAGGUGAACUCCAGGUGGAAAUCGAACAAGACUGUGAAUCCCUUGACAUAAGCCUGGGUUUAGAGGACAACAGCUCGGCAGUCGUAAUAGUUUUUUCAGACGACCUCGGGAACCGAAAGGGAGAGUCGAUGAAAGAGGUAAAAGAGAUGCUUCUUCAUGAGAAGGAGCGGAUAUUUUUGGAAAAUCACUUCCCUGUGGACAAGCACCCCAGGAAAAAGAGGAAAGCAAAGAACAAUUACUGUCGGAGAACUUCGCUGAAGGUGAACUUCAAAGACAUCGGAUGGGAUAAAUGGAUCGUGGCUCCACCUGAAUAUGAUGCUUAUGAGUGCAAAGGGGUGUGUUAUUUCCCCCUGACGGAUGACGUAAACCCCUCCAAACAUGCAAUCAUCCAAACUCUGGUUAACCUGAGCAAUCCGAAAAAGGCAAACAUGGCAUGUUGUGUCCCAACCAAGCUGGACCCAAUUACUGUCAUGUAUCAAGAAAGGGGUGUCAUCACGGUCCGACACCUCUACGAGGAGAUGAAAGUAGCAAAGUGUGGAUGUAGGUAGUGUUUGGCUGCUCACCCAUGCAUCUGUUUUUUGUUUUAUCAUUCCCAUUUGUGAAAUACACUCUUAAAAAUAAAGGUUUUACAGCGUUGCCAAUUUGGGUUCCCCAAAGAACCUUUCAGUGAACAGCUCUUAAAAGAACCGUUUUUCUCCUUAAAGUGGACCUAUUAUGCCACUUUUUAUGAGAUGUAAUAUAAGUCUCAUGUGUCCCCAUGCAGAGAUCAUUUAUUAUACCAUGUUGUAAAUGCCCAUUUUUGAGCAAGGGGAAAAACAUGCUGUUUUUGUGCAUGUGCCUUUAAAUGCAAAUGAGCUGCUGCUCCCCUCCCCCGCUUUCCAGAAGAGGGCAGAGCCUUUACAGCUCAUGCCUUGGAUAUUCUGCUAAAAACUAACAAAUCAUCUGUUUGGUUUUGAUUAUCAUCUCUAUCGUGGUCAUGUUCACGUGACAUUGCAGUUCUUCGUCAUCAUGAAAGUUAUUAUUUUUCAUGCGUUUUUAAAGCCGUAACAGUUUAAACUUGAUAUAUGGUUUUCUGAGCGCACACAUCUGAAGCACGCGCACAGAAAGCUGGCUGUCAGAUGACGCGUCCUGUGAGUAUCUCUUUUACGUCUAAUUGCGUUUAAAAACACACAAAGUUCACAAACACAGUCGGUCAUGUCUGUGAACAUAAACAUCAGGGAAAGAAAUCGCAUGUGUAUAUUAGAUCUGUGUAUUAAAGAGACAGAAGCAUAAUAUGCAGUUCCUACUGCUGUAUAUGGUGUUAAUAUGAACCAAACAACAAAAGGAAAACAAAAUCACUCACUGUUUUUGACUGAAUAACUUUAGUAGCUUUAAUAAGAAUACAUUUCUCACUUGAAUGCUGCUGUUAAAUGAUCUGGCGAGGAGAUAAACAUGGCGGACUGUGUACAGCUCACUCAGGGCGGGGUCUAUGCUAAUAGGGCAGAUGGGCGGAGCUUCUUUUGGAGAGACUGUUUAUGAUUUAUGGGGAUUAAAAAAAAGUAGUGGGUGGACUUUUACCAUUAUAGGCUGGUUGUUUACACACACUGUGGACACACAUCUGUGUUCAAACACCUUAUAAAAGUGAAUUUUGCAUAAUAGGUCCCCUUGUGUAGACCUGUUAAAGGUUCUUCAUGGAACCAUAAAUGCCAAUAAAUAACCUUUUUUUAAGAGUGUAGCAAAAGCAAAGGUAAAAAUAAUUUUUAAUAUAAAAGAGCUUGUUGAGGUUAAAGUCAGCUUCCAAAACUUGAUUUAAAUGGUAUUCUGUUUUCAUUUUGUUGACUAGCUGAGGAUGUACCCAGGGGCGUUUCUAUGAUUUGACAGCACAGACCAAAACAUCAGGGGUGAUAAUCCCCCUUAGAGAUUUUUGUUUUACAUUUUAAUACAGCAACACACUCUACACAAGUAUGCAAAAACAGAUGUCAGUGCUUUGCCCAGUGCACUGCAAGUGCAAGCAUGUGAUCCUGUUGACAUACUAGUAAGAAACCUCAAGGGGGCGACAGAGUAACACUCCCAAAUGUCUGCCAUUAGACAAGAUGUGGUAUUGUUCAGGCAGAAAGCUAUAAACCUGCUCCAUUUAAAGGGUUAGUUCACCCAAAAGUGAAAAUAAUAUCAUUAAUUACUCACCCUCAUGUC